AUGCUUUUAAAUCCAUCAAAUAUUAUCGACAGGAAUAACUCUUCCAACAGCAACACUGUUCCAACUACACAGCAUAUUUCAUGUUCAGCCGUUGCAUCUAGCACGCCCAGGUCAUUCCCAUACUCCCAGCCUGCUGAAUUAACAUUAUCGAUGGAUCACGGUCAUGAAAUAAAUGGAACCACUAUCGACAAUAUUGACAAGUCAUCCAGCUUUUACGAACUUAUAAUGGACUUGAAAAAACUCCUUGCCGGUAAAGGAUUGUCUUCAGAAGACAUAGACGUAAAUAAGGUCAGAGAGCUAAUGGAGAAUUACAAAUCCUCAGAUAUUGAUUGGUCCCACUUGGCACUUCAUGAUGAAACAAGAAACUACUCAAGGAAUGGUAUCAUCAACUUGAACGGUAAUGCUAACUUGUUAAUACUUGUAUGGUCGCCAGGUAAGUCAAGUGCUAUUCAUGAUCACGCCAACGCUCAUUGUUGUAUGAAAAUUCUAAAAGGUGAGCUCAGAGAAUCAUUGUAUGAUAUCCCAGAACGCACUGGAGAACAAUUAAGAUGCAAAAAGGAAACCCCAUUGUAUCGUGAUGAAGUUGGGUAUAUUUCCGACUCAAUUGGUCUUCAUAAAAUUACAAACCCAUUGAAAGAUGAAAUUAGUGUUUCCCUUCAUCUUUACACUCCUCCAUAUGCAGCAUUGUAUGGUUGUAGUAUGUACGAAGCUUCAAAUGGUAGAAAGCAUCAUGUUGACAUGUCCAAAUACUACAGUUGGCAAGGAGAGUUGGUCAACGAAUCACAUUCCCUGACUUGCUAG